AUGGAAGCAGGAUCUGUAGCAGCUACACAAGCUAGAAAAGAGGCAAUAUGCAUGCAGAUUUUAUUGGAGGAGCUCGGGCACAAACAAGAGAAGGUUGCUCUGAAUGAAGUUAAAAAUAGGGUGAUUGUCGAGGACAUAAAAGCACUUCAAUUGAUUACUGCAAUCAAAACCCCAUAUCUACUAGAUGGAAAAUUCGAUCUUGAGGCUUAUGACGCCUUAAUAAAUUUGCAAAUCGAAAAUGGCGUCGAGGGUAUGAUUGUUGGUGGCAGUACAUGUGAAGGUCAAUUGAUGACCUGGGAUGAACACAUCAAGCUCAUUGGUCACACAAUCAAUUGUUUUGGUGGAUCAAUCAAAGUCAUUGAAAACACAGGAAGCUAUUCCACGAGUGAAGCAAUCCAUGCGACAGAACAAUGA